CCUCGACUUACCAUCCAGUCCUCACGCUUUCAAAGUACAAUACCUAUCAAUCUCCAUUCAAGAACCAGCCAACCACUUUGAUCUCAACAUGCAGUUCAUCACCACUGUUGCCCUUAUGGCUGUUAUAGCUACCGGUACUGUUGCUGCCCCUACGAAGCUUCACGUUGCGCACCUCGUCUCAAAGACUGUCGCUGAUGAUGAUGUGGUCUAUCCUGAGUACAAGCGCGGUGACACUGUGUCACGCAACUUGGUUGAUGACGACGUAGUCUAUCCUGACUAUAAGCGUGGUUUGGUUGACGACGAUGUUGUCUACCCUGACUACAAACGUGACCUGGUCGACGACGAUGUUGUCUACCCUGACUACAAACGUGACCUGGUCGACGACGAUGUUGUCUACCCUGACUACAAACGUGACCUGGUCGAUGAUGACGUUGUGUAUCCCGACUACAAGCGCGAUCUGGUUGAUGAUGAUGUGGUCUACCCUGACUACAAGCGCGGUCUGGUUGAUGAUGAUGUGGUCUACCCUGACUACAAGCGCGGUCUCGUCGAUGACGAUGUCGUAUAUCCUGACUACAAGCGCGACCUGGUUGACGACGACGUUGUUUACCCCGACUACAAGCGUGACCUGGUCGAUGAUGACGUUGUCUAUCCCGACUACAAGCGUGACCUGGUCGAUGAUGACGUUGUCUAUCCCGAUUAUUAG